AUGAGGGAUGGUCUCGCCGGCGGCGCCGUCCCUCCGUCCGUCCCUCUGUCCGUCCCUCCGUCCGUCCGCGGCAACCGCGGGGUCUGCGCCGCCACGCUGGCCGCGGCGGGGAGCCCUGCGGCGCGCACCUUCGGCCUCGCCGACUACGCCGUCUUCGCGCUCAUGCUGCUCGUGUCCACGGGCAUCGGGCUCUUCCACGCGCUGUCGCGUGGUGGCCAGAAGACCUCGGAGGAUUUCUUCAUGGGGGGCCGGCGCAUGGCGGCGGUGCCCGUGGGGCUCUCGCUCGCCGCCAGCUUCAUGUCGGCCGUGCAGGUGCUGGGGGUGCCGGCCGAGGCGCACCGCUACGGCGCCAAGUUCCUCUGCAUGUGCCUGGGCCAGCUGCUCAGCACCCUGCUCACCGCGCUGCUCUUCCUGCCCGUCUUCCACCGCCUGGGGCUCACCAGCACCUAUGAGUACUUGGAGCGGCGCUUCAGCCGGAGCGUGCGGCUCUGCGGCACCGCGCAGUACGUGGCGGCCACGAUGCUCUACACCGGCAUCGUCAUCUACGCCCCCGCGCUCAUCCUCAACCAGGUGACCGGCCUGGACAUCUGGGCCUCGCUGCUCUCCACGGGCGCCGUCUGCACCUUCUACACCACCCUGGGCGGGAUGAAGGCCGUCGUCUGGACCGACGUCUUCCAGGUCUUGGUGAUGCUCGCGGGCUUCGUGGCCAUCAUCACACGGGGGGUGCUGCUGGCCGGGGGCCCCGCCAGCGUCCUGGCUGCGGCCGCUAACGGCUCCCGCCUCAACUUGCUGGACUUCAACCCCGACCCGCGGAGCCGCUACACGCUCUGGACGUUCGUGCUGGGCGGCACGCUGCUCUGGCUCUCCAUGUACGGCGUGAACCAGGCGCAGGUGCAGCGCUACGUGGCCUGCCGCAGCGAGAGGGAGGCCCGCAUAGCGCUGCUGGUCAAUCAAGUGGGGCUCUCGGUCAUCGUGUCCAGCGCGGUGGCCUGUGGCCUUGUGAUGUUUGCGCUGUACAAGGACUGCGACCCUCUGCUUGCCGGCUACAUCUCGGCCCCGGACCAGUACAUGCCCUACCUGGUCCUGGACAUCUUCGAGUCGUACCCGGGGGUGCCGGGGCUCUUCCUGGCCUGCGCCUACAGCGGGACGCUCAGCACGGCCUCCACCAGCAUCAAUGCCAUGGCCGCUGUCACCGUCGAGGACCUCAUCAAGCCGCGGAUGCCCGCGCUGCCGCCGCGGAGGCUGGCCCAGGUCUCCAAAGGCUUGUCGCUGAUCUACGGCACCGGGUGCAUCACGGUGGCGGCGCUGGCCUCCCUGCUCGGUGGCGGCGUGCUGCAGGGCUCCUUCACCGUCAUGGGGGCGAUCAGUGGCCCGCUGCUGGGAGCCUUCGUCCUGGGCAUGUUCGUGCCGGUGUGCAAUACGGCCGGCGCAUUCGCGGGGCUCGGCGCCGGCCUGGCCCUCUCCACGUGGGUGGCGGUGGGGGGCACGGUGCACCCGCCGAGCGCCGCCGCCACCGGGGUGCUGCCGGCCUCCGCCGCCCUCUGCCCACCGCGCAACGGCAGCGCCGGCGCCAACGGCACCGUCCUGCAGCUGCUGCAGGAGCCCCCGGCGGCGCCGGCACGGCCGGCAGUGCUGGGGGACUUCUACGCCGUGUCCUACCUGUACUACGGGGCGCUGGGCACACUGGGCACCGUGGCCGUGGGGGUGCUGGCCAGCUACGUGGCAGGAAUUGUGGGGAAUAUUUUGGUUCGUGCGCCAGUGGUGCUUUUGACUGGGAACCAGGAACCCAGCGGUUCCGCUUGCUGUGUUGUUGCGGCGCAGCUGCCGGGCGGAAGGGAUUGUCGCCAGUCUGCUUAA